AUGAUUCAAGUUUCUGACUAUUUCUCUAUUGAGAUAUUUUUCAUAAUAUUAAGAGAAACAUUAGAAACUGCUAUUAUUAUAUCAGUUUUGCUUUCAUUUAUAAACCAAAGAUCACAUUCCCAUGACGGUUCAGGGAAUUCGGUAAGUUCUCAAAGACAUGCUGAAGAACAAAGAAAACUUAGACUUCAGGUGUGGGCGGGUGCUGUCAUUGGUUUAUUAAUAUGCCUCGUUAUAGGAUUGGUCUUUAUUACAUGCUUUUAUAUUAUUGGUAAGGAUUAUUGGUCGUACACUGAAAGAUUAUGGGAAGGAAUAUUUUCAUUGAUUUCGUCUGUAAUUAUCACCGUAAUGGGCAUUGGGUUAUUACGAAUUAAUAAAGUUAUGAAAGUUAAAUGGUGGAUUAAAUUGGGCUCGGCUUAUAACACCGAAGACAAUAGCGGACGUCUUGAAACUAGCGAAGGGAGUGAUGAUAUAGAUAGUGAAUUAUCUGGCACUCCAGUAAGUCAAGAAAGGCCUCGAAAACAUUCCUUUACAAAGAAAUAUUUCUUGGCAAUAUUACCAUUGAUCACUACAUUAAGAGAGGGUUUGGAAGCUGUGGUGUUUGUAGGUGGAAUUGGUAUGUCACAACCUCCAACCUCAAUUCCGCUUUCGAUUGUAGGGGGGAUUCUAGUAGGUUCAGGCAUUGGCUACAUGUUGUAUAAAGGUGGUAACAAAAUGUCAUUACAGUAUUUCUUAAUUUUCCUGACAUGUUUCUUGUACAUAGUUAGUGCUGGAUUGAUGAGCAGAGGUGUUUGGUUCAUGGAAUUGGAAAGAUAUGUUAGGUUAUGUGGUGGCUUGGAUGUAAGUGAAACAGGAAGUGGUCCUGGAUCGUACGAUAUUGCAAACAGUGUUUGGCAUGUCAAUUGUUGUAAUGGAUUAACUGAUGGUUGGUGGAUGGUCUUGAAUGCUAUUAUUGGAUGGACAAAUUCAGCAACUUACGGUAGUGUUAUCUCUUACUGUACAUACUGGCUAUUUGUUUCUUUAUGGUUGGAGAUAAAAUUAUACGAAGAGAAACUGGGAGUAUUACCAUUGGUUCCAAUUAAGUGGCAAUUGAAAAGAAUAAAGAAGAAAGUCAAAUUAUACGAAACCAGACUUAAACAGCAACGUGAAUCUCACCAGCAACAUGAAGUGAACACCAACGAAUAUCAUGAACUAGACAGUAAUCCAUCUAUGGAGAUCAACCCUAGAGAAGCUGAGGGCCAAUUAUUAUUGUCCAAUGAUUGA